AUGCAGAAAACAGAGGAAGAUGCAGAUCGAGUGAAAAUGAUUGCAUUUAUAAAUAUGAAAUCUGGUGGUCUACAAGGACAACAGGUUUUCGACGCAUUAGUAGCAAAACUUGGCGAACAAAAUGUUUAUGAUCUCAUUAAAGACCACGGGCCUGAAAUAGGACUCAAACAGAACAGGCAUCAAAAAAAUUUACGUAUUAUUGCGUGUGGGGGCGACGGUACUGUUGGAUGGAUACUUGCAGCAUUGGACAAGGCGAAUAUGCAAUAUCGCGAUUUAGUUAGUGUUGGAAUUAUACCGCUGGGCACUGGCAAUGAUAUGGCAAGAUUUUUAGGUAUGGGUAGAGGUUAUCAAGGAGAAAAUUUAGUACCAGUUAUGCGUGCAUUGACCGAAGAGUCAACAAGACUAUUAGAUCGAUGGUCAAUUGAUGUUGAACCAACAUCAUUCACUGGAGAUACGAAUAUUAAAUUGCCACAACCAGUAUUCAAUAAUUAUAUGAGCUUUGGCGCUGAUGCACAGAUCGGUAAGAAAUUAUAGAGAAAAUAUUGCUUUUUCUGACUUUAAGGUUCAGCUAAUGCAAACUUACAGUGGAAUUCAUUUUUGACUUUAUUAUACGUAUUCAGAUUCAGUUUAACGAGCUGAUUACGAAUAACAUCUUCCGAGCCUCCAAAAGUCAUUUCUUCGUGGA